AUGAAUAAGAUCGAAACCCAGGCCGGCGACGACCUUUUGCCCAAAAAUACCACGCGCGCGCGCGCCCGCCCGCCCGCGCCCGCGCUGGGCGCUGGGGCGCUGGGGCCUGAGGGCCUGGGGCCCUUGGGGGCCCUUGGGCCCUUGGGCCCUUGGGCGCUUGGGCGCGCGCGCGUGACGUCCCGCAGCCCCCGCAGCCAUGCUAGGCUGACGAAAACAGGGGGCAACUUCAACACCCUUGAUUACUGUCGUUUCAUCACCCUUACUGGUGUCUCUGUCACUGUUGGCUACCUCUCAGGGAUAAAGCCAGGGCUUAAGGGACCAUCAAUGGUGACAGGAGGAUUGAUUGGUUUAAUGGGUGGUUUUAUGUAUGCUUAUCAGAAUUCUGCCGGGAGACUUAUGGGGUUUUUUCCUAAUGAGGGUGAGGUUGCUCGUUACCAGAAACGGGAUUUUAGCAGUUAAAGAUUUCAGCUUUUUUAUUUUUUCAUGAAAUUUGGUAUCUUUGUAAUGUUUUGAAUCGCUUUGAGUGGUGACGAUUAAUAAUAAUUGGAUUGGUAGGAGGACUAGUCGCA